CACCUUGCACCAUAUCUGCGUGAGGUGUCUCCCACUCACCCCUCCCUGCGGUAUAAAAUCCCAGCGGGGGACACGGCCCUCCCCAGCCCAAAAGAGCCUUGGCAGCAGGAACGCCCUGUGGGGGAUACACAAUCAGCUGCCGGCAGUGCCCCUGACGUCGUGACCCAGCACCCACCACUGGACAACUCCACCUGACGCCCACCACUCCCCGCAGCCCCGUGAAGGCGCAGCCACAGCAGGAGCCAGACCCCGGAGCCAGAGGCAGCCAGCAUGGGCCAGUGCUGCUGCAAGAAGCGCAAGGACUGCCAGGAGCUGACGAAUGUGGAGCAGGCUAUCGAGACUGUGAUCAACCAGUUCCACUGCUACGCAGUGAAGGGGCGCAAGGAGUACCUCACCCCCAACGAGCUCAAGGAGCUGGUGGGGCAGAAGCUGCCGCAUCUUGGGAAUUGCGUCGGCCCCUUGGAAGAGAAGAUCGAGUGCCUGGGCGACCCCAAUGAGGCCCGACUGGAAUUCGGCGAGUACUGGGACAUCAUGGGCGAUGCCGCCAAGGGCUGCCAGAAGAAGUGAGGCGCUGACGAGCCCAGAUCCGUGCUGCGGGGCCCCCCCGUCCCGGCGCGCCAGAGACUGACCAUCACUGGGGGCCGCAGCAUGGAGGAGGACGCAGUGUUACAUCUCCCUGGGACUCCCUUCCUCCCCCGGCUCUGGAACCCGUUCUCCUCCCCCGUCAGCCUAGAACCCGCUCCAUCCAGGGCCACUCGAGAACCUGCCUCCCCUUGCUCGCUCUCGACCCCUUCCUGCUUUCAGGAAGGAGGGAGGUGGGGGGGUUCCCCCCACUCCAGGACCCCUCCAGUGCCCUCCCCCAGCCAUUUCCUUGUGGGGGGAGGGGUCUCACCUGCUGUGCUCCCUGGCCCCUUGGCUUGAGGGCCUUGGCAGUUCUGGGUUUCCACCCUUGAAUCUGCUGUGGUUUGGCUCUUUUCCUCUGGCACCUGUGGGUCGAGGGGCUCUGGGAUGGGUCAGUGACCCCUUCUUCCUGGGCAGUGCGGGGUUGUGCUCAGGGCUGGGUAGCGGAGGCUUUGGUGGCAGCGGGAGCAUCCCCAGCUGGGGGAAGAGGGUGGGAAGGGCGGGCUCUGGGGUGGGAUUCGGGGCCCAGCUGCUGCCCCGGGACCCUGCUCCAUGCUGAAAGGGCAUCUGCCAUUUCCGGGCUGCACUGAGUUGCACUGACCAUGCAGGGCUUCCUGUCUUGGGGCCCCCUGUGCAUGGGAGCCCCCAACAACUGUGCACUGAGGGUGCCAACCUGGUUUGAAUCCCGUGAAUGCUUGGAGGUGUUAGUGUUAUUGCUACCACUCCCCAGAGCUGUCUCUGGCAUGGAGAUGGGGGACAGAGGAGCCUUCCCACCCCUCCCCUGCCUCACUGCUGUCUGUCUGGGGUGGGGGCAUGGGACUGGGGCUGGGUGGCGGUACAUUAUCAUCCUGAGUUGCUUGCAAAAGUUUUUGUAUAAAUUAAUAAAAUUUAAAUUGGAAUGAG